AUGCCACUGACCUCACGUAUGCUUUCGAAUUUGAGGCUUCUUACGUUUCAACCACAAAAUUUGCGUUACUUUAAAACCUCGAUUGUAAGAGGUACAGAAGAUAUCUACAAAGUUUUGGGUGUUAAGCAGAAUGCAACUCAGCGAGAAAUCAAGGAAGCCUUCUAUAAUCUUUCUAAGAAAUACCAUCCAGACAUCACAGGCAACUCAGCUUCAAGUGCAAAAUUUCAAGAACUUAAAAAUGCCUAUGAAAUUCUGGGCGAUUCCAUUAAAAGGGCCGAUUAUGAUCGUGGUUUGCUUCCCCCUAAAGCUUCUUCAUCAUCUACCGAAUUCCCAUCUAAAGAGGAUAUGGAUGUUCUGAAGAAGUAUGAUUCUGGAUCUUUUGAAGCUAACUAUGUCCGCGCCUAUAAUCGAAAUCUGAAGGUUGCAUGGACCAAUCAUGCUGAUGAAAAACUAGCAAAGAGCGCUUUUGAUUACCGAAUAGAUCAGCGUAAAUUCGCUGCCGUCAUCUAUUUUUCUGUGCUCGGCUUCAUACUUGCUUCUUAUAGAAUAGCAAAGUACUAUGAGGAACCCAUCAAAUUCAUAGAAGCAAGUAACUCUUAA